AUGACCCACUGGAUUACCUUCCUCGACUAUACACACUACAACGGUGCUCUCGCUCCGGCAAUGCAAGCCGUCUUCCGUAAUGUUUGCGAAACCAAAGCCCACGAGUGCACGACGCCCGACUUUGCGCCAAAAUUCUUUCCCCUCUCGAUCUCGACAACUAUCACAACUGCCGACGAGCGCUUGACAACACGGUCCAUUUUGGCUUGCAAGCCGUUGAUGGGGUACGGUCGAUCGCAACCACGGAGUCGAUCCAGAUAUUGGUGGCACGAGACGCCGGCCUCCUUGGCGAGUUUCGCAGCGGGCGGUGAUGUCGAUGUUUCCAGUCUCUUAACGUGUCGUACACUAUUUUGGCGCGGUUUUCACGCGGCAACGAGUCGAUGGUCAGCUUGGAGAGGCCGAAGCCGGCCUUGAAGAAGACCUGAAACCCCGAAACCUCGACGCAGGAUGUGAAGUUCCAGCGACAACAGUGUACACAAACAGAUUUAU